CUUUGGGAAAUCAAGAAAUGAAGCUCGUCUUGUUGAUUUGCUCGCUUGUUGCUCUUAUUCUCGGCUCCUCUUUUUUCGAGGUAUCCAUGGCGGGUUCAGGUUUCUGCAACUCCAAGUGUGCGGUGAGGUGCUCAAAGGCAGGGGUGAAAGACAGGUGCUUGAAAUACUGUGGAAUUUGCUGCGAGAAAUGCCACUGUGUUCCAUCUGGUACAUUUGGGCACAAGGACGAAUGUCCUUGCUACAGGGAUAUGAAGAACUCCAAGGGCAAGGGCAAGUGCCCUUAGAUAUUCCUUUUGUCUUUCUAUUACU